AUGGUAGUCAGGCUAAAGGAGACAGAUGACUAUUUCAUCCUGCUUUCUUAUAUGUCUCAAAUUCAUCUCAGCAACACUGCUUUACCUCAGCUGCAGCAGCUUAUUCCAGAGGCAGCAGCUGACUCCGGUGAUAGUCUAAUUGAUGUUCUUGCUUCUUGCAGUCCCAGAUGGGCACUAGAUGGACAUGUCAAUGGCACCAUCCCAGAUGACUUCAUCCUUUUGGGCUUUUCAGAUAACCCUAGCCUUGAAAUGACCCUUUUUGUGACUGUGUCUAUCUCUUACAUGGUCACACUAGUGGGCAACACCACAGUCAUACUUCUGUUCCACCUAGACCCCCACCUCCACACCCCCAUGUACUUCUUCCUCACCAACCUCUCCAUUCUGGACCUCUGUUUCACCACCAGCUGCAUUCCCCAGAUGCUAGUCCAUCUCGGGGGCCCAGACAAGACCAUCAGCUACCUGGGAUGUGCAGUCCAGCUCUAUAUCUUCUUGGGACUGGGAGCUGCUGAGUGUGUGCUGCUGCUGGUCAUGGCCUUCGACAGAUAUGUGGCAGUGUGCCGACCCCUACACUAUACAGUCAUCAUGCAGCCUCACGUGUGUCACAAGCUAGCAUUCUUGGUCUGGGCAAGUGGGAUAUUUGGCACCUUGGUGCAGUCACCCACCACCAUGAAGCUCCCCUUCUGCCAUCAUCACCGGGUGGACGACUUUGUCUGUGAAGUCCCUGCACUGAUCCGUCUGGCCUGUGGGGACACACACUCCAAUGAGCUCCAGAUUUCUGUUAUUGGCUCUGUCUUCCUGAUGGUGCCACUCCUGCUCAUCCUUAUCUCCUAUGGUCACAUUACCCGGACGGUGCUGGCCAUCCAGUCCCAUGAAGGGAGGAGGAAGGCCUUCCAAACCUGUUCUUCUCACCUGGUCGUUGUUUUUCUCUUCUACUGCACUGUCACUGCUGUCUACAUCCAGCCCCGAAGCCAUUUUUCCCAGAAGGGAGGAAAGUUUCUAACUCUUUUCUACACUGUGGUGACCCCCACUCUCAACCCUCUCAUCUAUACCUUGAGGAACAAGGACAUGAAGGGGGCUCUCAAGAGGCUAUUUGGGAAAGACAGAACAUCCAAUGUGCAAUAA